AUGAUGAUAACACGAUCGGUGGUGACUCAAUUCGUGGAGGAGAGCAAGGAGUCUGAACCUUCCACUAAGGCUCUGAGGUGUCGAUCUGUUCGGGACGAUCGGGGGCUGCGAUGCAGGGCUCCUGCCUCGCCUGUGGCGGCGAAUCACGCGGCCAACGGUGGUGUGGAGGACGUCCUUCGUCUCACCCUUGGGCGCUACACACACUCAAUCACAUACCUGUUGGCCAGCCAUGGUGCGACAUGCUCUGCUCUACCAGACCUCAGCUCUUGUGCCCUUAGACCCUCACGGGCAGCCAGCUGGAUGCUUCCGAAGAGGUCCGCCGACGGCAAACGCUCUAUUCCUUCAGCGGCAUCACCCUACUGGCUCUUGGCUCCCGUGAACUUCCAUCAGCGUGCAGCAGGACUGCUCCGGCUCUACUCAUCGCUGAGCAAUCGCAAACCAGCACUCGUAACCAACAUUCUUCUCACUCUGCACGAAGAGCAGCUCAAGCUCCCAGCCGACGCGGAGCGCGUUCCCGAUACUGUUCAGGCCCUCCUCCGCACUGUUUUCUCCUCGUCUACGGGUCACUUCGACUCACCGCAAUCCCCAUCUCUUGCUCAACCCUGA